AUGACUAGGAAUAAGACUUCUUUGUACGAGAUCUGUCAUAACCUACCUAAGGUUGAGACUCAUUGUCACUUGUAUGGCACCAUUUGCAAGGACACAAUCACCUAUUUCAAUAACCGUGCUGGCAAGCCGUUCACGGAUGAGCAAAUAGAGCGUUUCUACAUUAGAGGUACCAAACCAGUUGGGGUCCUGGCAAUUUUCAGAGGACUCGACUCUGAUCUGAUCAAGUUCCCUGAAGAUCUAUAUAGAAUCACGAAGGAGCAUCUGGCGGUCGCAAAGAGCCAUAAUGUCAUUUAUAUAGAGCUCUCCUGGAAUCCUACCGGAACGGUUUUGGAAUCUAAAAUUCCGUUUGCUUCAGCACAGAAGGCAAUCCAUGACGCUAUGAUAGAUUCAGAGAAAGAGAUCGGAAUUAUGAGCAGGCUCAUAUGCGCUAUUGACCGACAAGCCGAACCAGAAAAAGCUGCACAAAUGUUGGAUUGGAUGCUGGAGUCUCCGUCAUCAAUGACGAUCGGUAUUGGAAUUGAUUACAAGGAAGAUGGCUUCCCUCCAGAGCUAUUUGAGGAUACUUUCAAGCGUGCGAAAAGUGAAGGGUACAAGAUCACCGCUCACGCCGGUGAGUUUGGCAUGCCGUGGAAUAAUAUAGAUUACGUUGCCAACACCAUCCACGCAGACCGGGUUGAUCACGGAUACACAAUCAUUGAUAAUCAAGAACUGGUUGACCAAUUUUUGGAAGAACAGCGAUCAAUUAGCGUUGUUCCUACGAAUUCGUAUUAUCUUAGGUUGUUUAAUCCGGAAGAAUGGGCCCAAAAGCACCCUAUCAGGAAGAUGAUCAAGCUUGGGCUUAAUAUCUAUCCAAACACAGAUGAUCCUUCGUUCCAUUGUGUUGAGCCUACGAAAGCAUGGAUGAUGAUGGUGGAAUGUUUCGGUGCAACCAUUCCAGACCUCAAAAGGUUUGCAUAUAACGCGAUUGAUAGCGCGUGGGUGGACGAGGAUUUAAAAUCCAAGUGGAAACACGAAUGCAAUAAAUAUUUCGAGUCAUUAUAA